AUGGAAAACAUAGAGAACGUCAAGCUUUUCGUCAAGUCACUCGACAACAGUGUGGACCAACUUGAAGACGCUCUAAAGCCAGUCUUGAAAAAGUCUCUUGCCGAGUUGGUAGCCGAAAAUUCCACUACUCCAUUUGAAAGAAUAAAACUCUACAACAACUCUGCAUACACACUCAUCUCAGUUAUAUACUCCUAUCUCAAAACUGCAGGGGUUGACACCGAUAAGCAUCCGAUUUCCCAGGAAUUGACUCGUAUAAGAGCAUACAUGAAACGAGCCAAGGAGCUAGAGUCUUCCACUAUGUCCAAGGAACAAGAACAGAAAAAUGCAGAAGCAAAGGCUAAAGACUUCUUGCAGAAGACGUUGGCUAACAUGACUUCUCCAGCUAUAAGUGCAAGUAAUUUCCAAGGCAAGCAUACGAAGUUCAAAGAA